AUGUGGAAAACUAUAAAAGUCCAUUCCUCUUCAUCUUCUUCUGAAGCAAAGGAGCAAGAUCAGAAAACAUUAUUGUCAGGGUUAAUUGAGACUUUAAAAGAUCAGAAUCGACUUCAGGGUGAGCAGAUGAAAGUGAUACUUGAGGCCAAUGGGAAUAAUCAUAACCAUCAGGAGGGAGGGAAAGCCCCUGUGUACAAGCAGUUCAUGACUUUUAAGCCAGCUGAGUUCAAGGGCAGCACAAAUCCUAUUGUUUCAGAAGAAUGGGUACAGUCUAUGGAAACCAUCUUCGAGUUUAUGCAGAUUUCAGAGGUGGAAAGGGUCAUGUGUGCCACUUUUAUGCUGAGGGAUGAUGCUAGAAUUUGGUGGCAGGGUGCUAAGGCAGCGCUUGAUCUUAACAGAAUCUCAUGGGGGGAAUUUAAAGAGGUCUUUUAUGGAAAAUAUUUUACUUUGAGCACCAGAAACAAUCUAGCGCGAGAAUAUCUUGAAAUUAAGCAAGGGGAUUCGAGUAUUGCAGACUAUGUAAAAAGGUUUGAAAGAGGCAAGUAUUUUGCUCCGAUGGUUACCGACAACGCUUCCAUGGAGCUUAAUCACUUUCUUGAGGGACUCAAUGCUACAAUCCGUCGGGAUGUGAGACUUAGUAAUCCUUCUUCUAUGCGGGAAACGAUUGAUCGAGCUCUAAUGGCUUAG